AUGUACAAGCAGGCGACGCAGACGACAACACAAGUGCUGUCGCAGCCGUCGCGAUGGCUGGACAUGUACUCGGACUUUAUCGCCAAGAACAGCAGUGCCGUGUCGCAGAUCGAGUCGGCGCUGCGAUCGCUGACGUAUAUAAUACCAGGUCGCUUCCGCGAGUCUGAAAUCGCGUCCGAGUCCUUACACAGCGGCGUCCAGCUCCUCGCCCUCUAUCAUGACUCUCUCCUGUCUAAGGCUAUGGCGCAGAUGCCAGGCACGCGUCGCCACCAACCUACCCCACACCACCGCUAUACCAAGUUCUGGACGGAGAAGUCGCCAACGUAUAAGCGCCUUGCGAUUGUCUUGCAGAUGAUACAGUACACGGAGCUGUUGUGGGAGAUGUCAGCAAAGAGAAAGGGCGAGAAAAUGCGCUGGCGCGUGAUUGUCUUGCUGGAGAUGGUCAAGGCCGUGUGCCGGCUGCUGUUGCUGCGCUUGACAAACUCGCGUCCGCUACUCUCGCCCCCGCUGCCGCAGAGGGAGAUUGACCCCAGCUCUCUCGAAGACACAUCGGCAAGCGCAAACGGAAUGGACACUCCGCCUAGCGAAAGCUCGGUCGAGGCAGAGAACUGGACCAUGCCACGGACUGGGCUGUCGAUGCCCAGUCUGCCCGAUCCAUCGGACAUUUCAAACUACCUCUUGUCCAAGGUCCUCACAGCCGACGAUAUCAAGCCUCCCAAGGCGUUGCUGCAUCGAGUGAGUGGAAAGGGCGAGCUGGCAGAAGCGCUGUACAUCCUACGACCUGUCGCCUACGCGCUAGCUAUGCAGCACUUUAGUGGCGACCGGAAGAGCUGGCGACCAUGGCUUAUUGGCGUGAGCAUCGAGUACGGCGCACGACAGCUGGCCAAGAAGGACUUCCAGGAACGACUCGCGGGUGGCAUGCGGGGCCUGACUGGAUUGGAGCGAGACGAGUUGAAGAAGCGAGGGUGGGCGCUAGGAUGGUGGAUGAUGCGAGGCGCCUUCUAUGAAAACGUGACCAAGUCCUGGAUACACACGGUCACGCGAACGCUCAAGAGCAAGCCCCUCUUGGACAUUGCGGGUGGUGUUAUCGAAGACUACGAGUACCUUUGGGAUUCGUACUACUUCCCAACAGCGACCAUGUAG